AUGACGAAGCUUUGGAACGCCCAACUUUGUACUGCUCUUGGGCGUGGACUCAGACUUCAGUCUACAGCAGCAGCCUACUUCCCAUCAGAGCCUGCAUCACCUGUUCUUAAGACAACCAUUCCUGGUCCCAAGAGCUCAGAAAGACUAGCUGAGUUGGGAAAAGUAUUUGAUAACAGAGCUGCUUACUUUGCUGCCAAUUACUAUAACUCUAUUGGCAAUUACAUUGCAGACGUUGAUGGAAACCAGUAUUUGGACGUGUAUGCUCAGAUUGCUUCCAUUGCCCUGGGUUAUAAUAACCCAGAGAUUUUGAAGACAGCAAAAUCAGAUCAAAUGGCCAAUGCUUUGGCAAAUCGUCCAGCUUUGGCAUGUUUUCCUUCUAGUGAUUACCAACAGAUUUUAGAAGACGGAAUCUUGGCAGCCGCUCCCAAGGGCAUGUCCAAGGUAUGGACUGCCCUUUCUGGAUCCGACGCUAACGAAACUGCUUUCAAGGCUGCCUUCAUAUACCAUGCAGCAAAGAAACGAGGCAAUAACACUUUCAGCCCCAAGGAAUUAGAAUCUGUCAUGCAAAACUUGGUACCUGGAGCUUCUGACGCUGCGAUUCUGUCUUUUGAGAAAGGAUUCCAUGGCAGGCUGUUUGGAUCGUUGUCUACCACCAGAUCCAAGCCAAUCCACAAACUGGACAUUCCCGCCUUCAACUGGCCAAAGGCUCCGUUUCCAAGCUUGAAAUAUCCCCUAGACCAGUUUGUAACUGAGAACAAAAAGGAGGAAGAAAGGUGUCUCGCUGAGUUCGAGAAGGUGAUCCAACAAUGGUCCACCCAGAUUGCUGCAAUCAUUAUUGAGCCAAUCCAGUCUGAAGGUGGUGAUAAUCAUGCCUCACCGUCAUUUUUCCAGAGCUUGAGAGAUCUCACUCUCAAAUACGAUAUUCUCAUGAUUGUGGAUGAAGUCCAGACUGGUGUUGGUGCCUCUGGCAAAUUCUGGGCUCACGAACACUGGAACCUAACUACACCACCGGACAUGGUCACCUUCUCCAAGAAGUUCCAGGCUGCCGGAUUUUACUUCGCACUUCCAGAAUUGCAGCCAAGCCUACCGUUCAGACAAUUUAAUACAUGGUGUGGUGAUCCGUCAAAGGCAUUAAUUGCAAGAACCGUAUAUCAGGAAAUCAGCAAGUACAACCUGGUUGAGAAUGCGGCAACCACAGGUGCUUAUCUCUACGGGAAACUGGAAUCACUGUCUGGUGAAUAUUCGUCAAUCUUCAACCUUAGAGGUCAGAGUACUGGCACUUUUAUUGCUUGGGAUAUGUCGUCGAGUGCUAAGCGGGACAUGUUCCUCAUCGAGUCCCGGAAGUUGGGUUUGAACAUCGGUGGAUGUGGUGAUGUAUCUGUGCGGCUCAGGCCUACUUUGGUGUUUGAGGAAAAACAUGCUGAUGUGCUCGUGGAUAUUGCAGAAGAGGCCCUGAAAAGACUCGGGUAG